GUUUCAUCUUUUGUUUUAAAAGAGACAUACAACACGCACACACACACACACACAUACGCCAUGGCUUCCAUCUCUUCCAUUGCAGCUGCCACAAAGCAACAGCGACGAACCUCGAUCCAAGACACCAAGAUUGUCGUGAUGGGCGAGGGCGGCGUCGGCAAGAGCUGCAUCACCAUCCAACUCAUCAGCAACAGCUUUGAUUAUGAUUACGAUCCCACGAUCGAAGACUCGUACCGCCACCAAUGCCACGUUGACGGAGAGGUUGCUCGAUUGGACAUUCUCGACACUGCCGGACAAGAGGAGUUUUCAGUGAUGAAGGACCAGUACAUGCGUCAGGGACACGGCUUUGUGCUCGUCUACUCGAUCACCAACCGCGAUUCCUUCCGUCAAAUUCCGCGCCUCAUUGAGCAAAUCCGCCGAAACGGAGGCGACACGCCAGUCGAUCUCCCCAUCGUGCUGGUCGCGAACAAGUGCGAUCUCGAGGCCAACCGUGUCGUCACCAUGAUUGAGGGCCAAGCGCUUGCCAAACGCCACGGCUGCGACUUUUACGAAUCGUCUGCUGCCUUGCGCAUCAAUAUCGAGCAGUGCUUCCACCAGUUGGUCCGCCGCAUUCGUGAGCGCGAUCGUCGCAUUUUGGCUGCCGCGCGCGCCGAGCUGUCCAAGGAGAAGCAGAGCGCACUCAAGCGUCUGAUUUCGCGCAUCUUCUCGCGCCAGCAAAAGAAUGCCGUCAAGAGCACAAAGACCACUGGGCGAAAGAAUUCCUCCUUGGAACAGGCAUGGCGUCGCGCACCGAUUGUGCAGUGAAGACGAAGAAGAAGAAGAAGAAGAAAAAGGUUUAUGGAGAAAUGAACCAUGAAACACACAAAAAGUCACUUCAGCUGUUAUUCGCUAACACCGUUGUAGUUGUAUUUCUAAUGUACAGUAAAUAGAAAAGAGUAUUAAAUUAUCAA